AAGAAGCGGCAGAAGAAAUAUUAACCCCCCCCACCUCAACACAAUCGACCAAAAUGGAGUAGUGCCGAAGGCAGUACUAGAUGAGCUUUCGUGUAAUGUAAUUCAUUAUUCGAACAGACAUUAUUCCAUCGCAAGGAAAAUUUAAGACUUUGAGAAACCGCAGACACCGUUUUUGUUCCUGUUGUCAAGCUUUCUGCAAGGAACAGAUAUAAUGGAGCCAUCGGAGCAAUCAGGCCCAGACUCAGGCUCUCAGGAUGUCAACCCAGUGUUUCUGCAGCAGCUCAGAGAGCUGGACAUCCCAGAGGAGGCGGCCAAACAGGCACUCUUGCAUACUCGGAAUGUGUCUGCCGAGGAAGCGGCCAUGUACUACUUCAACAAGCUGGAGAAUGAGGAGGAGGGUGAUGAUGACCUCAUUUACAAGAUGGUGUUUGUGGUGAAUAUGGACCUCGCCAUGGGCAUUGGGAAGGUGGCUGCUCAGGUUGGUCAUGCUGCUGUGGGCUUGUACCAGGCUCUACAAGAGAAGAACAGCUGGAGGGAGAUGGCCUGGAGGUGGGACCACAGUGGGUAAGACCGCAGUAUUAUUUUCUAGAAGACCUGAUGCUUUAUUUUGGAGCUCUUCUUAAAUAUUUUUCAGCAUUUCUUUGUUCAUUAAAAGUCCUCC